UUUUCUUUUCAUAGAGCAUAGUUCACAAGCAAAAGCUCAAUACGAGACAUUCUGACAUCUUACAGGAGACUCAAUCGACGGAUCCUUCCUGAAGGAUUUCGUCUUUGAAGUAACAAAGAAAUGCGAGGCUGUCGGCGCUCAAGUCAAUGCCAUUAUUUCCGACAUGGGUCCCAGCAACAAAGCCCUGUGGAAACUCUGCGGGAUUGGGGCUACGAGGGCGUCUGGAGCAAGUGUGUCCUGCGUCCACCCGUGCAGCACGGAGCGUAGGUUGUACUUCCUCGCGGAUCCUCCACAUAUCUUGAAAAACCUUCGUGGCCACCUCAUAAGGGGUCAAUCCAUUCACAUCCCACCGAAUGUCGUCAAAGCAGAGAAUCUUCCAUCUGAUGAGGUGUCAGUACGCCACAUCAGGAAGGUUGCUGAAAUUGACGCAGAACACGACCUUAAACUUGCACCCCACCUCAAGCUGAAAUACCCGAGCCACUAUGAAAAAAUGAACGUGUCAUCUGCCGUGGCUGUUCUGAACCAUGCAGUAGCUGCUGCCAUCAGGGUUCUUGUACAGCUUGGGAAACUCGAAAAGGAAGCCGUGACCACUGCCUGGUUUUUGGAGCAGGUGGACAAGUGGUUCUGCCUCAUGUCAUCGAGGUCGGUUUCCACAGGUCUGAGCAACUUCAAGGAAAACAAACAUCAAGAUGCUGUGUGCUUUCUUGAGGUAUGUGCAAGGUUAAUGUCGGCUGUGAAGAUAAAAAAGGAAUCUCAAAAUGGAUGCUACAAACCUGUCAAAGCAGGCAUCAUGGUUUCAUCUAUGUGUGCAGUGCAAUUGCAGGACCUUCUGUUGAAAAAGUGCGAGGAGGGAGGAGGAGGAGUGUCGUUGGGAGGAACCCGAGAGGUCUGCCUGCCUGAUUAG